AUGUCUUUCUUCGGUCUGGACCUCGCCCAAAAGGGGCUCUCCCUUUACACUAUUCCGGCCGCCUUUAUCAUGGCGAUGCUGCCCAAUGUCUACGCCGUCUCCGGAGCAGGAGCACACUACGACCUCUGCAACCCGAGAAAGCUCCAAACUAGUGUCGUGGCCGAUGACAAGCUAGACAAGAUUGCCAAAGCCCGCAUUCUCCGCGCCAAGGCCGCAUCGGAGAACGCCUUUGAGACGCUCGGCUUCUACUCUGCCGCCGUGGUCGCCGCCAACUUCGCCAGGGUAGACGCCGAGACCGUUAACGUCUUGACACUAGGCUACAUCGCCUCCAGAGCCCUGUACAACAUCAUCUACGUCCGCCUGCAGGACAACCGUAGCUUCGGCCCCCUGCGAAGUCUCGCUUGGCUUGCCAGCAUCGCCAUCACCGUUACGUUCUCUCAGCGGCGCAUGGUACAGCCUUUGCCGCGUUUAAUGAAACUUUUCUCUUCGCCAAUUCAAGCAGCUUCACCAGUGUCAUACGUUGCAUGUUCACGUGCAGUAAAAUGUUACUUGUAUGAGCCUGUCCUUAAUCAGCGUCAAUGUUGCAUAAUGAAAAGCGGGAAGCAAACGGCCUUUGGCGGGCGCACAAAGCUUGUUCUUCAAGUCGACGGGCUUCUUUCGGGACGCACGAUCCAGCGCCAUCGUCGUACAUGGGAAAUGGUUCAGUUCAUUCUGAGCUCGUACGAAGCUAGCAUGAAUAGAAAACGUGGGUUGGGGUCACCUUACACCAAUCCCAUAGUGGAACGAUUCUGGAAAGCCUCAUCUGGCGGAAGUAUCACAAUUCCGUAUCACAGCCUCCCGUCUCGUGAGACGGCACUCUCACGGCAGAUCCGGCCUCAGAAUGGGCUCCUUCUGUUCUACAUAACUCAACUACUCCUUCCCGUCUUUUCUGAUCCUUCUGCGGCAAUCAAGUCUCAGCUUAGAAAGACGAGUCGAACUGUCAUUCUCUACACUUCGUUCCUUCUCGCCUUCUUCACCAAGUCCAACGCAGUCGCUUCAAUAUUCACGAUGCGUGACUUUAUCAUCUUCCUCACCGUUUCCACGGUGCUCUUGCUGGCCGGCGCCGGUCUUGUAGCUGGCAUCCACGACAAUUACGUUGCCAGUCACGCUACUUCUACUCAGUCUAUCGCCACACCCCAGACCGACUUCAUAACUCUCACUGGAACCGCUUCCAGGGCCACUCAUUUGAGAUCCUUGUUGCCCCAAGGCACCCUCGUCGUCUCCCCCAUCAAGGACAACGUCAGAGCAGACUCCGUCCCCACGAGUUCGGCGAUCCCUACUACCACUAUUGAUUGCAACCACGAAUGGUGUCAGGAUAGCACCUCUCUUUGCGCCUACUGGGCUGGUAUCACUGGCUGGGAUCCAACUGAAGGCCCGAUUCCUGGCGAGACCGUUACCUCCAUUGGCAAGUGCAGCAUCGUUCCUACCCAGGCUGGAAAUCGAAAGCGCGAUACUAUCAACAAAAUUCUCAUCACCUUGGCGCCUACUCCCUCGGUCAACUGCGAGUACAAGUAUUGUGACAGCAACACCCAGUAUUGCAUGUACUGGGCUGGUGUCACUGGCUACGACCCUUCUCUCGGUCCCAUUCCUGGCAUGACACGUACCUCUCUCGGAGCCUGCCAGGCGCCUCCUACAGCUGUUGACAACGACACUACCGUGCCGACAACUAUGGUGACGAAGACGUGCAAGAGUUCUUACUGA